CACUCCGCCGAGGAGCGGAAUAAAACCAGCAGUGGAAGCCAAAGUCGGCCUCCUCUUCUUCUCACCUCCAUCCCAUCUCCUCCCCCUCCUCCGCUGCUCGCCGCCGGAGAAUGACCAGCUCCUCCGCCCCUUCUCGCAAGGCUCUGAGCAAGAUCGCAUGCAGUAGGCUCCAGAAGGAACUCGUAGAGUGGGAGGUCAACCCUCCGGCGGGCUUCAAGCACAAGGUCGCAGAUAAUCUCCAAAGGUGGAUUAUCGAAGUCGUUGGGGCACCGGGAACGCUUUAUGAGAGCGAGAAGCACCAGCUUCAGGUCGAUUUCCCCGAGCAUUACCCAAUGGAAGCUCCACAGGUCAUUUUUCUUCAUCCUGCACCACUUCAUCCGCACAUAUACAGCAACGGGCAUAUCUGUUUAGAUAUAUUGUAUGAUUCCUGGUCACCAGCGAUGACCGUGAGCUCUAUGUGUAUUAGCAUUUUAUCCAUGUUGUCGAGCUCAACUGCAAAGCAACUCCCUGCUGACAACGACCGCUAUGUGAAGAACUGCAGGAACGGCAGGUCUCCGAAGGAGACAAGAUGGUGGUUCCAUGAUGACAAAGUUUGAUACUGGUGGGCUCCGUCUUCAGUAAAGCAGUGACCACCUAUCUCACAAAGAGUAGCGUGCUCCAUUUCCCUGUAACACAGGAGUUUUAGGUGAUUCAAAUCAAGGAUUCCUGAACUGCUGUAAGUUUGCAUGCUUAGAUAUUUGUAAAGGUUAUGAAUUUCAAAAUAUAUCGAGGACCGAUAAGACCGUGAAGAAAGCGGUGCGAGAAACACUCGUCAGCUUUUCCAGUGGAAAGGUUGUUGAGGCAUUGUUGGACCUCCACCUCUGUUAAAUUACUUCUCGUCUUUUAUCACUUUUUUUUUAAAAAAAAAGAAAAUGUAAUUACAAGGUGUUAUUGCG